AUGGCGCACGAUGCCGCAACUGCGGGCGGAGUGGUGGCUGUGUCGGCAUUGCAACGACGUCGUCAACCACAACUCGGCCACUACCUGCAGCAGAUGUGCGUCGAGUGCCCCAGGCGAGACGAGGAGGACGGAGGCGAGGGCAGAGACAGCGCCGCAGUCGGCGGAGGCGACAACGAUGGAGAAGGGGAGGGAACGAAAACACGCACAGAGGAUGAGGAUAUAAACUGGGACGACGCAGCGGAAGGGAUAGACGAGGGAAUCGAGGGACCGGAGGGCUUUCGCGACAGCGACGAUGACGACGAAGGCAGGGGAGGAGACGGAGGGGCGACACGCAGGAGGAGCAAUAUCGCGAACGGCCCGAGCAGAGAGGGCGACGGCGGAGCACGAGGGGGCAACGGAAACGCUACCAAUGACGCGAACCGAGGCAUGGGCGACGACGGGGACGGGGAGGGCGACAGCGACGUCGAGGUUGACGCAACGGCCGCGAGCAGACAGCGCCUGCUGGCCAUUUCGAGACAUUCGCAAAGAACGCUAGCUACAUGGGAGGGCUUCGUGAAGGAUGGAUUGAAAAACAUUCGAACAAAGAAGAGGCGACGGGAGGAACCGGCAGAGGAUGCAGAGGCCGUCGCCGCGAAGCAGCGCCAGACGCUCGACGGCAUCAACGGCCGCUUUGCGAGCGGCCACCCUUCGAGUGACCCCGACCGGAUGGGACUCUUCGUGCACGUCUGGGACAAUACGGAGGACGUGGCGGGGCGGCAGAGCUGGCUGCCCUGCUCGGCGGAGGCGGCGAACCGCGCCGGCGACGAUUCGGCCGCCCUCGACCGGUACCGCGAGGUGCGGUGCGGAUUCGGGUGCGGCAGCCGCAUGCGGCAGAGGCCGGGCGAAGCGAGCCCUCCAAGCAUUGACUCGAGAGUGGCCGAGUGUGGCAGGUACGACGGCUCCACGCGGUGGAGGCCGGACGGGUGCUUCUGCAAGGCCGAGCGGCGAGGGGCGCUGCGGCGGUGGAACGGCGCGCCGUGCGACUUCGCAUGCAACGCCUCGGCGGCGGUCGCCGGCGGCGGCGCCUGCUUUGAGAGCGGCGCGGCCUGGCCGCCACGGCACUUCCCGACGCUGCUGCGGGAGCUCAGCCGGCGGAGAGAGGCGGCCGCCGCGGCGCAGCGGCGCACGAGCCGCUGCUACGAGUUUGUGGCGAGUCCGACGGCCGAGGGGCGCGCGAUGAAGCGCGGAGCGCCCUCCCUCGUCGAGGCCUUCUUCCACCCGGCCGGUCCGGCGCCGUGCGGGUGCCCGCAGGCCGCCACCGAUCGCGGCGAACCCUCUGCCAACCGCAGCGGCUGUCCGCCUGCAGACUGCGCCGCCGCGGCGGAGCAGGAGCGGCAGGCGAGGCGCCGCUUCCUGCGGAGGUACGGGCUGGGCGAGGCGCGCGCGCCGCUGCUGUGGCUGCACCGGGACCGCUGGUCGGAGCCUUUCUCGCUAGACUCGGACGGCUAG